CGUCUAGUCGAGCCUUGUUCAAAAUCAGACGACUUAUUUUGUAAAUAAAUUAAAAUGGGUAGCCUGCAAUGGUUUCUUCUAUUCUUCGUAAUUUUUUUCUUUCUUUUUAAACGUCUCCUUUUAUAUGCGUUAAACUUGAUCUUCACGCACAAGCUUAAAAUCGAAGUUCGUCUUGGGCAAGUCGCCCUUCUUCCACCUUCUGUUCAAAACACAUAUUUUUUGUUCAAAAAUUUCACUGUGCAUAUUGAUAAAGUGAGACUAACAUCAUCAUUUGUAAAUGCUGACACUAAGAGAUUACUUGGAUUGCUGAUAGAAGAUGUCAGAUUCACAAGAGACUGUAGUGCUAAUAGAAAUACAUCACAUGAAGCUUCCAUACUAAACCCAAGUGAAACCAACAGAGUUAAUCUGCUUGAAAAAAUUUUACCUGUUCUGACAUCAUUUGUUCAGUUUAUGUGUGUCUCAAUCAGCAAUGUGACUAUUGUUGCUCAAUUAAACAACAAUCAGUUAGUCCACGCUUCUAUCAAUAAUCUGAGCUUAGAUGGAAGUAUUUUACCACGCUCGCAGAUUGCACUCUGUGGGCUAGUUGAUGCAUUUUCAUUCCGUCUUCUUCAAACGGUAGCCACCAAUGAAAGAGAUGGAAAGAUCACCCAUUCUUCACAUUCUAUUGAUACAAGAUCACGUCAGCCCUGCUUAUCAGAAUUUUCAGUUGGAGUUCAAACCGAAAUUCAUGUUGAUCCCGUUUUACCUGCUGUCACGAAGUUAAUGUUAAAUAUUUCAAAUCCAAAACUGUCUGUUAAUGACAGACUUUUGAAGGCUCUUGAAGCAAAAAGUGUACAAGAAAGUGGUCCUACUCAAAAGAACAACUUGGCAAAUUGGUCUCUCUAUUUUCCUCGCAAAUGCGAGUUUAACGUCUCGGGCAUCGAAAUUAAGUUGUACAGACAUGAGGACGAAACCUUUUUUGUCCGUACUUCUUUAAAUCUCUUGGAAGUGACGGCUGAUACAACGUUAGAUACUAGAAGUGGCGACAGUUUGUUUGAUACCAAUGUCAAGCUACACAUUCAAAUGCUGUAUUCCGAAACUAAAUUUGGACGAUGGUUUAGUUUGAGCGAAUUGGACGCAACUGUUCAGGUUUUUUCUGGUAACAUCGAUUCAACAGUGAACGCAAAUCGCAUUGCAAUUGUUUAUUCAAAUACCGAGUUAUUACCUUGGUUUAAACUAAUACUUUCCAAGAAGAAAAAUGCCAGAUCUGAAGAUAAAACUGCAUCUUCCCGGCAAACCCCACUUACGCUCAAUUUUGAAGUGUGGGACCUUUCCGCUGUAGCAUUGUUUCAGGAUGCCUUACCGCUGCGGAGUGGCAUAACACACGUGCAACUUCAACUAGUCGAUCACCCGGCGACUGGUGGAUUAAGUUGUGAGUUUGAAGGUGAAACAGUCUGGUGUUGUUUAGGCAACAGAACGCCGUCCGAUCCCGGUCAAAAGAAAGUUCACUUCUGGAAUUCACCUAUUUACGUCGGACUCGUAAUUGGAAAAAUAGAAAGGCGUUUAGGAGUCCUUGGAAUGAGUGAUUCGAUGCAUAGCCAGUUAUUGCUAGAUGUCCUCCGCUUCGAAUGGUCGCCAAAUCUUAUCGAAACCAUUCUUGCCAUUCGAAAAGAUUUGCCGCGGUGGGGGAAAGUUGAAGAUGUAUCGGUACCAGAAGAGAAAACCCCACUACGCGUUUCGCAUUCUCUCACAGUGGCCAGCGCUAAUAUAUUUUUGAUGAUGAAAAAAGAAUGUGCUCUAAUGCUCCGUGUCGACUCUUUAGCUGCUGACCAACAACCAGACAAAACGGUAGCAUCUAUAGAGGGGCUUAAAGGGCUCUUUAUAGUUCCUGGAGCUCCUUUUAGUUGCGCCAAAUCGUUUGAAAUUAAGAAGGGAAACCUUGAACUGUUGCGCCUUCAGUUAUCGUUGCGCAAAUCGGCCAAGUCGGGGACGAUUGACGUGGAUCAGCUUGGCCUUAACUGGGAUACGCGUCUGCAUAUGGCUGUCUUACAAGUGAUUGAAGAAUGGAAACGGUUUCCGUGGUCAUUUCACCCAACCGAAACCUGUGCAAUCACAAACAAAUGUGGGCUUGUCAGUGUAGCUGGUUUACGUGUUUGCUUCCCUUAUCGUUACCAAUUUUCCGAAGCGUGCCAACAGGAAAUGGUCAGCGUCUUCAAGUGGCUAAAAUUGUUGCAUAAAAAACCGCGACCUGCUGGAUAUACGGAACCUCUUUAUCGUGACAUUCGUCUGUCUGUCGCGAAAUUCUCAAUGGUGUUAUGUGACGACCCGUUUGAGGUAAAACUUCGCGAUAACUAUGAAUUGCGAGAAGAUGAAUUCCGUGAAAGCCUCAAGCGUAAACGAAUGUUGGAUGCAAAAAUUGAAGAACUGCGAAGAACACAUCCACUUUUAACGCAAGGUAAAAUUGACGAACUUUAUGCAAAUCUGGGAGGUCGAAAUGUGGAAAUUUUCGUUCAGCGAGCACAGAGAAUGUAUGAGACAAGGCCGAUGCGAACAGCUCUAUUUCGCUGGGAAAUGGAAGAAGUUGAUUUGGUAGCUCUAGCCGAUCCCUCUUUUCACGGCUACGCCAAUGUCGUCCGCAAUAUUCAAGAAAUGGAUCCCGACAGUCCAUGGCCAGAUGAAGAACUAGAAUUUACCACAUUAUGGUGUCGUGCAGUCCGCGCAACCUCUCGUCAAUUGCGAUUUUUACUUCGAGAUUUCCCUCAACCGCUUCUUGACAUACACGAACUGUUACUGUUUGGUCGGCUGGCUGGAGCUGAACAGCAGUCUUCGUGGAGAGCCCGACGAACUUGCAACGUCUUCAUAGCACCUCCUUGGAGCGACGUACAGAUUGAACGGGGAAUGAACCAACUUAAAUUUUACCAUGAUUUUUCCUGUGAUGCCGAAAGCUGGCGACUAGCCUACGGAGCCUGCUGGGAACCAGUAAUAGCACAAUGCAAUCUUGCAUGGGAUUUUGUUUCUCCUCCGUCCAAGGAUCCGAGUCCAGCCUUGCCCUUCUGGGACAAAAUGCGCCUGCUUUUUCAUGGUCGCAUAACGCUGUCCGUCCAACAGUUAACUCUUCUGCUUCACACAUCACUGGAUCCUUACAACACCACAGAAGAAAUGGAAUUGACUUGGACUGAUUUGGCAAUGGAUUGGACAAAUGCCAACUUCAUCCUGAAAGGUGAAUUUAAUGUCUAUGUCCGAACGGCAUCUAAAUACGAUGAUUGUCGCCUCUUACAUUUACCGCGAUUGAAACUAACCAUCGGAUUGACGUGGCACUGUUUGGCGGAUCCCAACGAACACCUUGCUGUACAGCCAUGUGCUCCCAACAGAAUCCCGGAGUAUUCCAGCAAUCAGGAACAUGAUUCAUAUCGCGCUUUCCGAUCGCAGAGUGUUACCUUGGCCGUUUCUUUAGAAACCAAAGCAAGUGUUAUUAGUUCGAAUAGCAGCGCAGCUGAAGUCCAUGCUCUGGUUUACGGCUCUACAUUACGAUGGUUCGAGAACCUAAAGUGUAUUCUUUCGGGUGUGUCAAGACCUACCCGUCGCGGCCCAUUAUUUCAAAAUACGAAGCCCCGUAAAAGCCAACUUUCACGCCACUAUAAGGCGGUGCGUUUGGCUUUGAGCCUCCACCGCUUCCACAUUUACUACUGGAUGUCGGCGUCGAUGCAACGGGGAUUCGAACUCAUUUGUGGACGAUUGACAAUGAGCUCGGAACAUGCGUUAAGACUAGUCGCUGUGGAAGACGGGCUCAAGCAUCGUCCGCGAGCGGAUUGGUCUAUCGUCUUUUUAAACUGCGAAUUGAAUGAGGCUGAAGUCUGGCUUCAAAGUGCUCUUGGUAGCGAUAGUGACGAUAACGCCGAGUUAAACGUUUCUCUACGCCAACCAGUAGAGAAGUUUUAUUUCCUUAGUGUACAGCGAGUUUCGUACGGGCGAGAAGCCGUCCUGACACCUCCUUUCGUAGCUCCCGGAACAGCUUCCAUUGUACCGACACAUCGCUUGGUCGUGCAAGAUUUGCGUGCCGCAUGGACGAAGAGCAACCGUCAAGUGGCUUUCGCCUUAUACGAUUCUUGGGUAAAAGCGCAAGUGCUAAAGAGAAAUCUUUCGGCUGAGGUGAUGAAGCUUCUCAGGAUGCCAGAAUCGAGCGUCUCGCCCAUGAAACCACGAACAUCAGCCCGGAUUAGCACAGAAGGGGCGCAACCCACUCCUUGUAAAUCAAACGCUGGCACUACUUCCAGCAGCUCUACCGGGUCGACUACCGCAGCAACGUCAACCCCCGUAGUGGAUUCUAUGCUUCAGCAACUUUUGGCCGAUCAUCGUAACGUGGUGUUCAGUGAGGACCUUAGCUCAACUGGAAGCCGGCCGGCGGUCACCGGAACUAGUACUAGUGAGGGACAAGAAGGAGUCCACCUAAACUGGUUAAUUGAGCUUGUUAACAGCCAGGUAUUGCUGAAAGGGUGUGAAACAAAAGGAUACAUCAUUUUGGCUGCUGCUCAUGCCAAAAUCCUGCAAAGACUUCACCCGCCUGUAUGGCGCGAUCGAAGCUUAGUCUCUAAGACUUCUUGGGUCUGCUCGUUUGAUGGCAUGCAGUACUUUGCCACCAUAAGUGCUGGAGAGCAGGACGCUCUCGACGAGAACAUACUUUGGCUCAGCACUGAUCAUAUUGCAGCGCGGCUAGAGCUGGAAAGUCAAACACCAUCAUCACUGGAUUAUCUACCCGAUAUGGUUGGAAGUGGGCAGAGUGUGGGAGGCGUCAUCUCCGAAACGGUUGGCGGAUGCGAUUCUUCAGCUCUUCAGCUACAAAGAAUUGUUUCCCGUUGUAAUUGCGAAAUUGUUUUCGUCAGCUAUGGCCAGAACACGCUCGAUCUUGAUUUAGAUAACGAUCUAGAAGGGUUGAUGGACAUACCUCCACCACCCAGCGACGAUGUGAUGGAUUUAUGGGCCCAACGAGAACAACCGGUCGAUUCGUUCACAUUGACCCACCAUGAUCUCAAUAUCUGCACCAACUCUCUCCAAUACGAGAUGCUGUUGGAUGUCAUCAAUAAUCUCCUGCUCCAUGUUGAACCCCAUCGAAAAGAGGCUAGUGAGCGAUUGCAGCGGUUACGCUUUCAGCUUCAACUGUCCAGUACAGAAGAUCAGCGACGUCCAGUUCAACAAAUUCAGAACCAACUCCGUUCGCUCAUUUCUCAACUCAGGCGUCUGGAGAAAGAUACUUUCAUGCUCCAGCGGGCCCUAGCCGAAGACCCGUCAAACGCACAGCUUAUAGCUGAAUUUGAUUCGCUCGAACGCAAAGUAUACGAAUGCAAGGAGCAGUUGAAUGCGGCAAAUGAAGAGCUAGCCAUGAUGGUUUCCUGCCUCAAAGUUCAAUUAACUGCUCAUCAGCGUCUACAAGCCGCCCGGCAAGGCAGUAAUGUCACUACCGUUCGGACAAGUCAAAUUAAUUUUAAGCACGCCCAAUGGCGACUCACAGAAGCCGACGGCCAACUUGGAAUUGCCGACGUCGUACUUACAAACUUUUUAUACAACAAGUUAUCCAAAAGUGACGAUGCUUGCGAGCACUCGUUGGAAAUUGGUUAUGUCAGCUUGGCCAAUCUUUUGCCUAAUCAGAUCUACAAGCAAGUCAUCGUUCCCACCGAGCUGAACCGCAACAUGCCAGUUGAUCGACAGGUCGCUGUGCGUAUGUUUUCAAGGGAUAAAGCUCCCGUCGGAGGUAUUUGUAUCAAAGAGAUCUUUGAAGUUAAUGUCGUGCCUUUCACAUUUGCCAUGACUUAUCAAUUUUUCAAAACGAUGAUGCGCUUCUGCUUCCCUGAAAAGGACCCCGAAACGUUAGACGGAGAAGGCGAACAUUCAGAGUCGUCGACUGUGAAUCGUAAAGGAGGCAAACACUUUAGCAACGUAAACAAGGCUAAACGAGGCAAAGAGUCGAGUUUCUAUGUUCCGAUUGAAGACGAUGUUGAAAAAAUGAAGGAAAGAGCUGAAAAGAACAAGUUAUUUAUCUACAUAAAAAUCCCCGAAGUCCCUGUCAAGGUUUCCUAUAAGGGAGGAAAAGAGAAAAACAUCGAAGAUGUCCAUGAAUUCUCCUUGGUUGUUCCCACAUUGGAAUAUCAUAACGUCACAUGGACAUGGCUUGAUUUAUUUCUUGCCAUGAAAAAUGAUUCCAAACGUGUCCUUCUCUCACAAGCAAUAAAGCAAAAACUACAAAUACGGCCUCGCUCGCACGUUGAGGAGGGUGGUACACCGCAGGAAGAAGACAAGGCGCGUCUACUUUUGGGUGGUCUUUCCAUGCCCGGUGAUGCUCGUUCAAGCAAGAGAGGUGGAUUUUGGAAACCUUCAAAGUAAUGGCUGGUGUGGUACGUCGCAACGUUUUUCCUAGGUAAUUGGAAAUGCAAUUUAAAAUUUCGGUGACAGAAAAAAUUCGCUUGGUAAAUAAUGAAAUGAAAUCUGUGUUAAUGGAAAAAUUUUCACUCUA